UACGCCACCUUCAGUGGGGGUGGGGAAAGGAGAAACCAAGAGGAAAAAAGCAGCCAUGGGUGAGAAAGAAGGGAAAGAUGAGAACAAGAAGGAGAACAAAGCAGCAGAGAGCAAAAACAGAGGAGGAGAUAACAACAGUAAAAAUAAGGAAGAGGGAGGAGGAGGAGGAGGAGGAGGAGGAGAGAACAAAAACAAAGGAGGAGAUAACAAGAAUAAAAAUAAGGAAGAGGGAGGAGGAGGAGGAGGAGAGAAGAAGAAAGAGGAUGGGCCAAUUUCUGUUGUUUUGAAGGUCGAUAUACAUUGCGAGGGAUGCGCUCUCAAGAUCAAGAACUCUGUCAAGAAUUUUGAAGGGGUGGAUGCGGUAUCGACGGACAUGGCCAACAACAAGGUAACGGUUGUUGGCAAAGUGGAUCCUUGGAAGAUCCGUGAACGGGUCGAAUCCAAAACCCGAAAGAGAGUGGAUCUUAUCUCGCCCGCCAACCCGCCCAAAAAAGACGCCGAGCCCAAAAAGGCCCAGUCUGAUUCUAAAGAUAAAAAGAAGCCUGAUGGCGAAAAGCCUAAAGAGCCUGCAGUCUCUACGGUGGUGUUGAAGAUACGGCUGCAUUGUGAGGGGUGUAUACGGAGGAUUAGGAGGACAAUUUUGAGGAUUAAAGGGGUCGAAACCGUAAACAUAGACUCCCAGAAGGACCUAGUAACUGUAAAGGGCGCGAUGGACCCCAACGCCCUCCCCUCUUACCUCAAAGACAAGCUCAAGAGAGCCGUAGAAAUCGUCCCCCAGAAGAAAGAGCCAGCCGGCGGCGGCGGCGACAAGAAGGAAAAAUCCGGCGACGGCGGCGACAAGAAGGACAAGGGCGGCGACGAUAAAAAGGCGAAGGAGGGCGGCGGCGGGCGAUAAGAAGGAAGGCGGGAAGAAGGACCCCGG